UGAGCGCCCCUUCAUGAGAAUGGGCAAUUCCACGACCUUUGCCCCAGUAACCCACAAGUGACCAAGCGAACCUUGCACUUCCUAGCAAGUGUGUAUCGGCGUCUCGCAGGAACCUGGCAUAAACUUGUGGAGGAAGAACAGCUUGCAACGUCAAAUACACGUGUUGAGUUGCAGACAUGGAGACAGACGGCCUGCCUAUCCAGAAGCAGUUCCAGGAACACUUCUUCACCUGUGCUACCAGGGGGGAUGUGAAGACUAUGGAGGAGGUGCUACAACAUGGCACGGUCAACAUAAAUGCCACCAAUGACCACGGCUGGACUGCACUCAUGUUCGCUGCCAGGACUGGACAGGACAAAGUGGUCAGGCUACUUUUAGACCAUGGGUGUGACACAACAGUGAUGAACAAGUCGUGCCAGACAGCAGCAGACAUUGCCACAUUUUGGAACCACACGGCCGUCCUGAAUGAGUUAGAGAAGAAAGGGCAGACAUCUGGCAGUCAGGCGCAAAAUGUUUGUAACUACUUUGGCUACAACCCUCUUGAUCGCUGUGCACACAAGAGAAAGGAUGCACAGUGGCUAGAGGAAAAACUCAGGGACCAAUCUACGGUAAUUCUGCUGUUUCAUGAUCUUGGGCUUGUGGUUGCCAAAGGUGAGAAGCUUGCUGCACAAGCAAGGGUCACUCAGCCAUGCCAUUUUACUUUCAAUGACAUUGCUGCAUUCCUUGAGGAACUCGGGACAGAGAAAGUUCUUGUGUUCCUUGGCCUGGGGAGGCUGCAAUCCGACAAAACGGAACCAAGUCCUCCCACAAGUGACAAGGAGGGGCAUCUCACUGCAUGGUUUGCUCUGGAUGUCACAUCAAUUUCACAAGAGAAAAUCCUUAGCAUCAAAGAAGGCUUGGAGAUUGCCUCAUCUCCCUUCCCUGGUCUGUUCCAACUGCCAGAGAAAGAAGCUGGUAUCGUAGCCCAAGCAAGGUCCCUUCUGGCCUGGCACCAGCGGUACAAGUUCUGCCCAACUUGCGGCAGCACUGCCUUAGUGGAAGAAGCUGGCUACAAGCAUACAUGUCAGAAGGAGGGAUGUCCGAGUUUGAAGGGCGUACACAACACCUCCUACCCCAGGACAGACCCUGUCGUCAUCAUGCUGAUCGUCUCCCCAGAUGGGAAGAAGUGCCUGCUGGGAAGGGGCAAACGGUUCCCUGGUAGGAUGUACUCCUGUCUGGCUGGCUUUAUGGAACCAGGUGAGACCAUAGAGGAUGCAGUACGUCGAGAAGUUUACGAGGAGUCUGGAGUGAGAGUCGGGCGUGUGCAGUACCACUCCAGCCAGCCCUUCCCUCUCCCAGCCUCACUCAUGAUUGGUUGCCUAGGUUACGCCACCUCCGAAAACAUCACAGUGGACAAGGAGGAGUUAGAGGAUGCACAGUGGUUUACCAGACAACAGGUAGCAGAAGUGCAGACGGGUGCCCCCCUCCCCACUGAUGCCCUGACAAACCCACGUGCUGAAGGCCCGAGCUUCUUCCUGCCCCCAGCCCAGGCCAUUGCACAUCAGCUGGUCAAAGCAUGGCUCAGAAUGUCACCUAACCUUUAAACAGAUAGGGGAAGCUUGCUUUGCACCCUUUAUAAUGUGACAUACUGGUAAUGGUAUAGAUGUUGAGAUUGAAAAAACAAUCUUUGCAAAUAACAGAAAAGAGAUGCCUAUUAAGCUUCAAUGGAAGCCCAGCCAAGUAGAGACAUGAAAAAACAAACAAAAUCUCAUGGAAUUCUAUAUGAAAUUAUUUUUGAUAUCAAGUACUCUAUUUCAUUUACUACAAGAAAAGGCUUAGUCUGGAAGUGGAAUCCUUUUUUUAUGAUAAAGAAGUUGACUCCAAAAAUCAUUGAGAAAAUGACGUUAUUUAUGAAUUAUCAAAGAAAGAAUUAGUUAGCUUUGAACCACCAAUCUACCUCCAACAACCCUUACAGAGGCAUUCUCAAUGGUCAGGGUUGGAGAAAAUGUGUGCCAUUCAUGCAGAAGAAGAGGAUAAAUGGUAGUUUCAAGAAUGUUUACAAACAUGAUGUAUGAAAUACUGGAAAACCACACAAGCUUAACCUUUUGAUAUUAUAUCAACCUGGCAGUGUUUCUGCAUUGUAUCAUUGAUGAAAAAUAGAACAAUCAGGAUAACUGACUUUUAGAUGUCAGUUGAAAAUGCUUUUUAAAAAUCAUACAUGAUGCAGUGUUGUGAUUUUCAAUUGUGUAUCCUUUCUUUUUAGCUUUGUCAGAUGUGUUGUGAAGAUUUAGAAAAGAAGAUUUUGAAUUCAUCCUUAAUUGUGAGGUAUUUGCCUUUGUAGAAAUGUCGAAUUUGUAGUGAAAAGAAAUUCUGUGCUGUGACUGAAGAUUAAUGAAAGAAAUUAUUGCUUGUUAACCUUAUAAGCUCAUACUGGUUUACCAUAAGUUCAGGAAGGUUUACUCUACCAAAACCUUGUACCUGUAUCUAACUCUAAGCUUCAGAUUGUGCAGAUGGGAAUGUAGGACAUCUAGUGGUUACUAAAUGUGGACAUUGAUACUUUCAAUAUGUAUCUUAUACAGUAAUCAAUUGGUAUUCAAAAUUACUUCUUAUGAACUAAAGGAAAUAAUCAGUUUGCGAGUGAAGUAAAAGAUUUGGCAAAAAAUGUAAUAAGACUUAAUUACUAUUAAGUAACUUUAAAUUAUUUCCAAAUGAAAUGUAUUUGUAAGAAAAAAAAAAGAUUGGAAUACUUGCUUGCUAGACUUGAAGUUGCAACAAACUAGAUGUUUGAUAUCAGAUUUAAUUUACUUUCUGUUAAGUCUACUGUAGUGUGGAUGGUUAUAUGAUUACAAAACAACAGAUCACUAAGACACAUACAUUUAUGCAAUGCAGAUGUAAUUUAUUUCCAGAACUAGAGCACUUCUGACAAACAGUAAACCAAGAAAGAACAGUCUUCAUUGUAUAUAUUACUAGCUAUAACUGAUUAAAUCUUAAAACACCUGUGCUCAAAUAAACU